AUGGAAGGUGCUUUGAGCAUGUUGCAAGAUUACAGCGAGUUUGCUACUUUCUACGGAUCCUUCCUCUUGAAUCAAUUGUUGUACUGGGUUCUCCCGGAAAGGGGGGAGGAUGCGCCGCGGCUCAAGUCCUGCUAUCUUUCGCACAUCCACUGUGCCGUAACCAUCACAAGCUGUCUGAUCUACUGGGCAACCAACGAGGUGGACGUAUUUUCUCCUAAGUUCAUGGUUGAAGGGCCGGAUGGUUUGCUGGCAUCGUGGAUGAGGUGUACAGUAGCUUUCUCGGUGGGCUACUUCGUGAACGACUUCGUGCUCAUCAUGAUGCACCCAUCGGUUGGUGGAGCUGAUAUGAUUGCUCACCAUAUCAUCAUCGGAGGCUUCUUCAUUCUCGGGCUUCUCGACAGGUUCAGACAUCAAAAGAAUGGAGCAGUUUAUCAAAUCUCUCAGAUUUUGUUCGCAAUCCUGUUUUUUGUGUCUCGCAUCCUCGUUGGAACCGGGUUGGUUUGGGCAUCAGGAUUGUGGAUGCUUCCCGAAUACAUUCUUAGCCAGCCCAGUCGCCUCCGUCAAGUUCACCUCACAGCCCAGCUUGCUGCCUGCACUCUGAGCCGACCAGUAAGACAUGGCAGUCGAGGACUGAACCUUUUCUGGUUCUGGAAGAUAGUGAAGAUUGUCAUCAGAACAGCAGCAUCCAAGAACGCUGAAAGUAGCAAGGCCAAGUGA